CGAAGAGGAGAAAGGGGGGAAAGGGUACUGAACAAGUGCUAUGACAUUCACUCUUGGCUUACAUAAAACCUUUGGUGAACAAAGAAAAUUCUCUGGAUUUGAAUGGACUAAAAAGAAGAGGGAACUGUGAAGGAAGACCGGAAUUGUGUCGUACACGUUAAAGACAUUCUAUUGUUCUAUGAGGGAAACUGAAUAUGGAUUCGUUUCAGGACUCAGUUUUUUAUUUGGAUAAAAGCUUGAUGGGGUGUAAUUUGCCAGAAUUGGUAGUUUGUUAUAAGGAGAAUGGAUAUCAUGUUAUCAAAGAUAUUUAUUAUAAGGACAAGUUCUUGUUCGACAGUGGCACAGAUGAGAGGUUUCUGCCUUCUGAAAAGGAUCUAGAUGCUAAACUAAUGAAAGAGAAGCUGGAAAUGGAUAUGUCCAUAAACAAUGUUCUGCACUUCCGGAAGAAAAUCAACCUGGCAAGGAUAUCGACAAUGAAUGGGGUUCGAAGAAAAAACUUGAUGCUGAUACAUGUAUACAGGAUGUUUCCUUACUAGAAGAAAAUACCGAGUCUAAUGAGGGGCUUCCGAAUCAGUGUGAUUCUAAGGAUUUGAUUUUGUCAAGGGAAAUGAAGCAUGAUGCGAUGAUGCAAGUGAGUACGGAUGAUGUCUCCAAAGAGUUGUGUGCCCUUGGACUGGGAGAGUUAACUAUGUUGGAAAUGAACUCGGUGAAAACUGAAUCCGUGUGUUCCGACUGCAAAAGUGAUGGAACUGAACAACAGUCAUUUCAGAACUCUAGCGGAAAGGUAGUCACGGGGACACCGCCUUUGGUUUCUGCAGUUGAAGAAUCAAACAAUAGCAGUGAGGAGGCGAUUCUAUCAGCUUCUGCUUUGGUUUCUGCAGCUGAAGAAUCUGACCCUGGGAAAGGGGAAGCUACUUUGAUCAGUUCCAUCCCGGCCUCCAUUUCCGAGGAAUCAAGCAGCAGCUGCAUUGCUAAUGAGGUAUCCAAUGAUCGCAGACUGGAGGGUGGAAGGAUCACGAGUCACUUUGACUCUUCUGCUCCAACCAACUGCAAAGACGAGUGUCGCCACGUUCUUGAUAGUGAAUCGAAGCCUGAAGAUAGAGUUGAUCAACCUUUUUCGAACAAUCUUCAACGGGGAAAUGGAGAGUCUAGUUUCUCUCUUGCAGGGCCCGUAACCGGUCUUAUAACUUACUCCGGACCAAUAGCAUAUUCAGGCAAUCUCUCCCUCAGAUCAGAUGCAGUACAGCAAGCACUCGUUCUUUUGCCUUCCCUAUAUUGCAGACUGAAUGGGAUGCAAGUCCGGUAAGAAUGGCUAAAGCCGACAGGAGACGUUACGGGAAGCAUCGGUGUUGGAGGCAGGGCAUCCUUUGUUGUAGGUUCUGAAAAGUUCUAUUCAAAUCAUAGAUUAUACAAAUCUAUUAUUCUUAACAAGUUACAUAGAUCAAGAUCAUCUUAUUUUCUCUCACACCGAGUAAUGCCCAGUUGUUUAAGAUGGUAUGAUGCUUGGAGUUUCGAUCUCAUUCACGUAACUUGAGCUGUAAGCUAUGCCCUAGAGUUUUCUCAUAUAUUUGUAGCUUUUGUUUUUGGUUUCACUUUCUUUGCUAAUAAUGUCAUGUUCAGUUCUA